GAUAUAUGGAGAAGCUUAACAGGAUUAUCUCCUUCUUCGUAGCUGUUCUUCGUGCAUCCAGUUAAGCGGAGAUGGUCAUGGAGAUUCGAACCGAUUCCCUGGAUUAUCGUACCGAGCUUCUCUCGCCUUUGCCCGAGGGCGACAGCACCAUAAGCUCGAGGGUACCAUCAUGGCGUCUCAACUUCAAUGAUAUCUCACUCCCUGAUCACACCAACAAUCAGCCCAAGGAGUUCCAUCAUCGACUACGAAAUUUUAGCAAGAAGAAAAAGGUUGCAGAGUAUUACAAAAAGCAGGGAAAGAUCCUUGAAGGCUUUACAGAGAUGGAGACCCUAAUCGAGUUGGGCUGCCUUCCUGGACUCACCGAGGAUGAGCUGAAAGAGCUGGCAAGGAGCGAGAAGAGCGCCAUUCACUUGUCCAACCUUGCCAAUCUAAUACUCUUCACGGCCAAAGUGUAUGCAUCGGUCGAAAGCAAGUCAUUGGCAGUCAUUGCCUCCACUCUUGACUCCUUGUUAGACCUGCUGUCUGGCUUCAUCCUUUGGUUCACAUCCCAUGCCAUGAGGAAGCCCAAUCAGUACAGAUAUCCCAUUGGGAAGAGGAGAAUGCAGCCAGUUGGGAUUGUGGUGUUUGCAUCAGUAAUGGCCACGCUUGGUUUCCAGAUACUGCUCGAGUCAGCUCGACAACUCAUUGCUCAGUCUCACCCGACAAUGGAUCGAGAGAAGGAGAGAUGGUUGAUUGGGAUCAUGGUGUCAGUUACUGUCAUAAAGUUUGGACUCAUGGUCUACUGCCAAAGGUUCAAAAAUGAGAUCGUCAGGGCUUAUGCCAAGGACCAUUUCUUCGAUGUCGUCACCAACUCGGUUGGUCUGGCCACAGCAAUCUUGGCAGUCAGAUUCCUCUGGUGGAUCGACCCAACUGGAGCCAUACUGAUCGCACUAUACACCAUGGGCACAUGGGCGAAGACAGUAUUAGAGAAUGUGUGGUCGCUGGUAGGGAAGACAGCGCCCCCCGAGUAUUUGCAGACUCUCACAUACCUCAUCUGGAAUCACCAUGUAGAAAUUAGGCAUAUUGACACUGUAAGAGCUUACACCUUUGGAUCCCAUUACUUUGUGGAGGUUGACAUUGUGCUUCCUGGGGACAUGCCACUAAGGGAGGCCCACGACAUUGGAGAAGAACUCCAGGAGAGGCUUGAGCAGCUUCCUCAGGUGGAGCGCGCAUUUGUGCAUUUAGAUUUUGAGUGUAGCCAUCGACCUGAGCAUAACAAGAAGGUGUAAUCUUAUGAAUCUGUUACCAUGACCUUUUCUGCUGCCAAGAACAACUUCUUAUGUCAUGUGGCUAAAUUGUCAUGUUUCUGCUUCAGGAUAUUGCAGUUUUAAUCCUCCAUUUAUACUAACAAACGUGUGAUAGCUCAAUUGUAUGUUGCAUUAUAAAGAUGAUAAACCCUUGUGUAGAGCGCAUGCUUCUUUUUCUUC